UCGAUCGCUUUGUGCGUACUUAACGGAAGAAGGUUUUUCCCCCAACUACCAACUUAAUACAUAUUGGCUGUACGCUGACAUAUAAAACAUUUCUUGUUGGUAACUUACGGUUAACCGUUCCAUAGCUAUCAGGUAAUAUAAACGAGUGUCUGUAGUUAUGACUUCACUCGGUCACGAUGAUGAUAUCGAAAUAGACGGAGAGGUUGGGUCGGGCCCGAUCGGCCCCAUCAAGCAAUGGCAGAAAGACAACUUGGUUGAAAGAAACGACUCGGGUUUCCAGUCUCAGGACUUCGAUUCGGUAAAACUCGACUCGGGCCGACCAUUGCAGCAGACAAAGUUUCCGUGUGUAUCGGAAGACAUUACAGAAUGUUUUGAACAACUGAACGUUUCCGAGUCCGACAAAGAGAAACAGAUUUCUAUUGACGAAGGUUACGAUACAACAUCAAUAAGUCUAGGCGCAACCAGCCACACCAGUUCGUUAAAAAACAGUACACAAUCUUCGGACGCCUGUGCCAUUGAAUAUUCAUCAAAAGCGAGACUGCAAAUACAAGAAAAUGCACUUUCAGACAUUUUUAAAGGUGUACCCCGAUGUGAAGCAAUCGAUAUUUACACGCAGGAUGAGGACGGGGAUACGCAGCUUCAUAUGGCAAUCAUCCAGCUUUCGGAGCCUGCUGCAUUCCUGUGUAUCUCCCGAGCGCCGUCCAACGAGUGGCUCAACAUACAGAACAAUAUGUGUCAAACUACGCUCCACCUCGCCGUAAUCACGCGCCAGCUCAAAGUAGUGCGGCGGCUCAUGGCAGCGGGCGCGUCGGUUGAUGUGAGAGAUACCCAUGGCAACACCCCAUUACACAUUGCGUGUCGAGAGGGCCAUCAGGAGAUUGUGCAGUGUUUGCUGAAGCCCGUCUUCUACCAGGAGACACUGGAGAACAAAUAUGAGAUCCCCUACCAGCGAAUACCACAGGACCUCGAGUUCAAGAACUAUGAUGGUCACACUUGCUUACACCUGGCUGCUCAAAACCUGCAUAUUGAUGUGAUGACUCUGCUACUGAAAAAAGGUGCCAAAGUGAAUACACAGGAUGGUAAGAGUGGCCGCACUAUUUUGCACUAUGCAGCGGAGACAGGCAACCGGAUUCUGCUGGACUUUAUCCUGAAGCAGCGCAAGGUGAACAUCAACUGUGUCACGUACGGAGGACUGACGCCGGUUGCCCUGGCGGCUGGGCGUGGCUACGGGGAUGUUGUUGCAAUCCUCAAAGACCAGGGUGCCGACUGCUCCAGUCUCUACUACAUGGACGACGACUCCGACGAUGAGAGUGAAAUGUAUGAUGACUUUUGCAUAAAUGGUGAGCCUGUGUCGUUAAGAUAAACGACUGUGGAGAUGACGUGUUGACAAGGAGACAGCAGAAUGUAACACGUACAUCAGACUAGAUCGGUAACCACUCCACAGUGAGAGUGGCAGGGGAUCUCUACCACUCAUGGAGGAAAGAACAAUCUAAGAACAGUGUGCAGGCUGCCAACACCAUACUGCGUGCAACACCAUACAGCGCGCAAGAACAUUGGCUAGCAAAGGUUUAAUAGCAUACAGUACCACCUGUAAAUUAAUAACAUGUAAUAACAGCUAUCUGUAUCUCACAUGUAUCUUAUCACAGAUAUCUCAUAACAUGUUGUACAUCUUGCAUGUUUUUCAUACAUGUCUUAAUACAAGGUAAUAACACCUGCACAUAUGUAUAGCUGUUGAAUCCUGGAGUAGAUGGGUAGAGACUGACGCCCGUGCCGAGAGACCAACUAGGAAAGGUACAAGUUUGAACUUGAUCACCCACAAUCCCAAUCUGGUGUGGCCCUGGAGAAUGUCAGCCUGGCUAGAACUGGAGUAAUUGUAUAAUCACAGAAAGUAGGGAUCAGAAUGUAUUGGGAAGAGAAACUCCAGAACUGUAGAUAUGUUAGUGAGUGGAAGCUGUGUGGUGGAUGAAACACAGACAUGGAUGGGUAGUUGAAGAGAAUUACAGCAGACUCUAUCCACAUGAUAAGCAAGGAAGACCGUGUGUCAGCCAUACCACAGGUCUUGUUUUGGUGUACCGGCCUAACCUAUCCCUGUGGUCUGUGGCCCGGGACGGCUGGGAUGGUCACCGACCAAACCUCUGUCAAGUAUUCCUCUAGUGUUUAUUGACAAACACUAGGUUGAAUUCACUCAACUACCAAUCUGUCUCAUGUUAUUUACACAUUUUUAUGUAUGAUCAUAUGAUGUGAACAGUAAUGUUUAUUGAUGAAAGAGUAAUGUUUUUGUUGAUUAUGUCUUUAUUUUGAUUGCCACAGCUUGAUAAGAUUGUCAUAUCUUUAGAAAGUAAACAAGAAGAAGUUUUAAAAUUGCUGUGUUGACAAAGUCUGAAGACUCAUCAAAUAGUUAUGUGUUAGUCAUAUGAAGACAAGAACAGAAAGGAAGAGCUUGUGUCGCGUAUACUGCAGAGUCUGUGUUGGUCGACCGGCCUAACCUAUCCCUGUGGUCUGUGGCUGGGGACAGCUGGGAUGGUCACCGACCGAACCUCUGUCAAGUAUUCAGCUCGCUUGUCUUGUGGUAUUUCCACCACACCACAUAUUCUGUCUUUUCGGAAAUCAAAGUUGCAGUUACAUUGAAAUUUAAAGCGUAUUUCCAUGUAAAUGCAACUUAGUUCCAGAAACCAGUCACUGAUUGAUUUAUGUAUCAGCCAAUCAGUAGUCAGUGUAAAGAUACCAGUUCAUCAGCCAAUCAAUGGUCCAUGUAAAAGGUUAUAGUAUUAGCUGUAAUUUCUGCUGUUUGUAGAUAUUUGAGAUUAUUUUAUCAACUGUGUCACUCACAUAAUCAGUUCUUACAGUUACUUUAAAAUGAUUGUUUUACUUUGUAUAUAUUGUUUGUUAAACAGUGAGUUGUAAAGUAGUCAAGUGCUAGCAUCUACACCACUGGUUGUUAGACAGUACAGCGUGGAUGUCAAACUCCUCGGUAGUCGGUGAAAUAUUUAACCUGUUGUGGAACGCUUUCAGAAAUGAUUUAGGAGAAAUAAUACAUUAUGUGAGUUUAGUAAUUAAAAUGGGUGACAGUGUUUUUAAAUAUACACCAUCAACAGCAUACAAUUAAAAUGUCUGCAUUCCUCCACAAAAAUAACCUGUAUUAUAUCAUCCAUGUUUGGAAACCCCCAAAGAAAAACUUUAAAAACCAAACUUUUUUUUUUUAGACUACCUAUUAUUAUUAUUAUUAUUAUUAUUAUCAUCAUUAUUUAAAAUAUUACCCUUCCCACUCGUUUCAUGUCAGGAAUUCUGGAGCAGCGACAAUGGUUAUAUUUCAGAAGAUCAUCUUGAAUCCUUGCAUAUACUGCACAGUUACCGAAAGUAUCAUCAACAAGAGUUUAUAUCUCUUGUUUGUACAUAAUGUAAUCUUUAGUUGUAGAUCAGUAGAAUUCAUAUGACAUGAUCCUUCGCUCUAAUGAGCGUAAAUCAUCUGAUGUUUAGUUAAUUAGUAAUUAGUGAUAUAUUUGUAUAAACCUGUGUUUUAUUUAUUAUAUGUAAAUAAAUAAAAAAAUAUUGUUGA